CAAAUAAUACCGCCAUCUUUGAAAAUGGUAAACAGAUGACAAGAAAAGAAUAAUGUGUAUUGCAUGAAUAGAAAUGGUUAAAUAGCAAAUGAAUAGUAUUCCAGAAUAAUGCCUAAAUGGUUAUUUGAAAACAUAAAAGGAAGAUUUUGAAUAAUUUGAAGAUUUCAAGGAGCAACAAGGGUAGACUUUAAAAUGCCACUUGGAGGUUUUAACUUACUGAAAGAGGACACAAGACUGAUAAAGUGUGAUGAUACAGUCUAUAAGGUAAAAGUUUUACCGCAGAGAAAUUUCAAUGAUUGUCUCCCUUGUUCUGUGCCAGACGCGCACAAACAGAUUGAAGAUGUGUUACGUGCCAUGCUAUAUAUGGACCAGCGGAGUGUUAUUUUCAAACCGAUCCAUACAACAGACUUUGUUAUAACAACUUUAAAAAAAGGUUGGAAGACGUGUCGAAGUUUGAAUUUCUUUGUCAACGGGAAACAAUUAAAAGCGUGUCCCUAUCAGUAUAUAUUGAAGGUAGAUAUAAAACCGUUAAUCGACAAAACGACAUUUUACGCAAAAAGAAAAAGUUUAGAGCAUGUGAAAAAUCUUGAUAAGUCACAUGACAAAUCUAAAAAUAGAAAAUCAGAUGAAGUAAGAACUGACCCUAAACAAAUUGUAGAAUCUUAUAAAAAUAUACAGAAUAAAGAUGAUAUACAUUCAAAUGAUACAUCUGUUGGAAAUGAUGAAAACUUGAAAAAUGAUGAAGAGAAAGAAAGACAAAUUUUGAUGGAAAAAAUUAGAAAACGUGAGAGAACGAAAAGAGAAGAAAUACGCAAGAAGGAAGAAGUUGAAAAACUAUUUACCAAUGUUGGUGUAUCAAAUAGUCCUGGCAAUGUAAAGCUAAGAAAAUUGUACAGGACUGAGGUCUAUUGUAACACACCUGGAUCUGUUAAUCUGAACAAAUUUUAUAAUACAAGGAGCACCUCAAAAUCAAGAGGGAAUGACAGAUUGUCAGAAAUACAUGUAUCAGAAAAAGUAGGACAGAGAGACGCAAGAAAUAUUACAAGAUCUACACAAAAACAGGUAGAUGCAUGUACCUCUGAGGCCAGUGGUCGGAAAAAUGAUAGUAAAUUGAUAGAUACAGAUAAUGUUUCAGAAUGUGAAACACUUCUCAGUAGCAAGACUAGGCCACCUAGGUUAGCUAGAAGUCAGAUUGAUAAACAAAGUUUGCAGGGUAGCUCAGUAUCAGGUAUUCCUAAGACGUCUAGAAGGCAGUCAGUCCGCUACUCUGAAGAUGAAUCUGUAUCUUCACAAGAGAGGGAACUUAGAAGCCAGUCUGCAAAAUCAAGUGGUGCAGAUUAUACAAAAAACGUACAACAAAAUAGUUCUAAGUUAAGACAGAAAACAAAAUUAAAAGGAACUCCAAAAUGUGUGUCAAAGAAAACUCCAAAUACUCACAGUAGCAAACAGAGAUCUUGGCAUUCAAAUAAGAGAUUAAAAACAGCAAAACAGUUACCAAUUAAAACAUGUGUUGACCGACUAACAAGGAGUAGAGCUCACUCUAUUAGUUCUGGAUCAAAUACCGGAAGUUCUAGGAAAAAUACAAGAUUGAAUAUAUUGAAGGAAAGAAAGAAUAGGAGUCAAACCCCAGUAAAAUCAGUGUCACAGAAGAAAUCAGUUGAAAACUAUAGUGUAAAACCAGUUAGGAGACCAAUUUUACAAAAUAACCCCUCUGUUGCACCUGAAAAGUUGAGAAUGAAAAAGUCAUCAGGCUGUGGCAGGAAAGAAUCACCACCCUCUACAAGCGAAAGUCGUAGGCUUCGACAAAAUGUUCGAAGCAUGAAAACUGUUACAACAAAAAAUCAGGAUCAUAAGACAGAUACAUGUAGCAUCUCACAGACUAGUUCUUCUAGGUCAUCGUCUGAAUCUCGAAGUUUGGAUCCUUCUACUCGGAAUGCAGUGAAAUAUUCUUUCAGGAGCAGAAGUCUGUCACCACAAGGAAAGAAAAGAAAUAAUUCUGGGAAGUUACAAAGAGGAAAAGGACCACAUAAUUCAAAGGAUGAUUCUAAGAAACAAUCACAGAAAAUUGACCUUUUUAGGUCAUAUCAAUCAAUCGGAAAUGAAUCAGAUCGACUUGAAAAUUUAAGGUACAAUUCCUUCAGUAAGAAAUCAAAGCGUGUUACACGGAAUCAGAUGGAUCGGCAUGAAGUUGAGAAAGAAGAAAUAGCGGAAUCAAUGAAAUUGCAGACAAUAUCAAAAUCAGAUUCUCCACCAUCUUCUUUAAGAAGAUCACCAAGGAAACGGAAGUCAAAUGCAUUAUGGGAUUUUAUUGAUGCUUUUAUUACACCAAUGAAGAAAGUUUUUAAAGGUUGAUAUUUUAUUGGAUAAAGUUUACUGUAUGUCAUGCAUGUCAAAACUCAAUGAUUGGGUAGUUCCAUGUACAUUGUUCCAAUAAAAGAAAGGUCUUAUUCACAGCAAUUAUUUUUCUCAACUUUUUCACACAUUCAUGACACAUAAUAUAUUUUGUUUUGAAUCUCUAGCUCCUAUAUCAUUAGAUAUAAAAUCAUAACAAAUUUGUUUAAUCCCUGCUUCAUACAACAUGUACAUGAUGUAUCAUAUUUUCAACGCUGCUAGACCAAAUACCUUUGUAUAAUUCUGGCUUUAAAGCAUCAUAUUCUGAAAGCUGCUAGACAAAACGUAACCCUUUCACAAGAAUUAAAUAAUCCACAGUGAGACAUUUUUAUCAAUUAUUGUCAUGAUUGUUGCAAUAUAAAGUUGCAUUGGAUUAUAACAUUAUGUUUUAAUUGAGAAGCUACUUUCACACAAUAUAGGAGUAUUCUAAAUUGCUUUGUAAAUUGUAAACCAUUUAAUAUGUAUUGUACUUUUGAUCACACAGCCUUGAAUAUUAUUACAAGACAUCAGUUUUUUUUUAAUGGUGCAUAUUGUUGAAUUGUUUUCAAAAGUUUAUAUAUUUUGUACAUGUUGUAAGUAAUAUGAUUAGUAAUACUCAUUAUGCACAUAACAUGUUCUUAUAAAAAAGAAGAUGCGGUAUGAUUGCCAAUGAGACAACUAUCCACAAAAGACCAAAUUGACACAGACAUUAAAAACUAUAGGUCACCGUACUGCCUUCUUGAUUAGUUGUCAAAUAUUUGCAAUUUUUUUUGUAAUGAAUUAUGUUGAACUUCAUAAUGAUUUGCAUUUAUUGUCCUCAGAGUGUAUAGAUAUAGGAAGAUGUGGUGUGAGUGCCAAUGAGACAACUCUCAAUCCAUAUAACAAUUUAAAAAAAAGUAAACCUUUUAUGAAUGUUAUAUAUGAAAAAGAAGUUCCUUUAAAAAGUUUCUAAAAUAAUGGAAGUGAUGUUAACAUUCUCAUGAUUCAGUUAAAUUGUUACUUAGAAAACAUAUAUCAAAAUGUGUCCCUUAUCAUUAUUAAUUACCGGUCUAAGGGGUAAACACAAAUUUGUUUUCUGAAACUAGUUUAUUAGAACAUGAUUAUAUUAUACUGGGGUAUAUACAGAUGAGAGACCUGGUGUAGUUGCCUUAGUUGAAUUUGGAGAGUAAAAGUAUAGAACAGGCUAUUAU